GGGCCCCCCCGCGCCGCCCCCCAGCACAAAACCGGGGGUCCCGCGGCCUCCCAGCAGCUUGGGAGCCCCCCGGAGCCACCAUGAGGAGCCUCCAGGAGGGCCCCGACCCCUCUGAGGAGCCCAAACCCGGCAAGGACAAGUCCGAGUUCAGGAACUACACGGAGGGGAAGCUGAUCGACCGCGUGUACCACACGUACCUGCUCAUGCACACACACCAGACCGUGGACUUCGUCCGCAGGAAGAGAGCCCAGUACGGGCCGUGCUCCCUGCGGAGGAUGAGCGUGAUGGAGGCGCUGGAGCUGCUGGACCAGCUGGUGGACGAGUCGGACCCCGACGUGGAUUUCCCCAACUCCUUCCACGCCUUCCAGACGGCCGAGGGGAUCCGCCGGGCACACCCCGACAAAGACUGGUUCCACCUCGUGGGGCUCCUGCACGACCUGGGGAAGGUGCUGGUGCUCUUCGGGGAGCCCCAGUGGGCGGUGGUGGGGGACACCUUCCCGGUGGGCUGCAAGGUGCAGAGCUCGGUGGUCUACGGGGACUCCACCUUCCACGACAACCCCGACACCAAGGACCCCCGCUACAGCACCGAGUGUGGGAUGUACCAACCUGGCUGUGGGCUGGAGAACGUCCUCAUGUCCUGGGGCCACGAUGAGUACAUGUACCAAGUGAUGAAGUUCAACAAGUUCGCCCUGCCCAAGGAGGCCUUCUACAUGAUUCGCUUCCACUCCUUCUACCCCUGGCACGCGCACGGGGACUACGGGCACCUCUGCUCCGAGGAGGACCGGCGCAUGCUGCCCUGGGUCCGCGAGCUCAACAAGUUCGACCUGUACACCAAGCAGGAGGAGCUGCCCGACGUGCAGCAGCUCCGCGGGUACUACCAGUCGCUCAUCGACAAGUACUGCCCGGGGCAGCUCUGCUGGUGACCCCCAACCCUGCCAGGACCACCCUCCACCCUGCUGGGACCCCACCGGGCCCCUCACCCGCAGCAGCACCCAGCACCUCCCCCAGACCCCACCGUGGGGGCUCCCCAAUAAACCUGCUUGUGCCGCA